ACAUAGAAAAUCUCAAGUUUUUUCAAUAUUCCCUCUUGGCUGCUUGUUUUGUCCUCCACAAAUGGAGGUUGAGAGUUGAGUUUCCCACCAAUUUUUAUCCACUUUCUAACUCAACACAGUCACAAAUGCAUCAAAAUUAAAAUUCAUGUAGUCUUAGAUUGAGUGUGAGCAGAGCCUAGCAGUAAUGGCUGAUCUCUUGUGCAGUUUCUUGCCUUUGUUUUUGCCUCCAAAACGAUAUUCCUCUUCUGCGCUUCACUCCCUCAAUUCAAGGCGUCCACUUCAUCUUCCGCUGCUCUUCAAGCAUUCUCCAUUUGCGGCUUCUGCUUCUCCUUCCGACGUUGUUGUUAUUUCAACUCACGAGCAUUCCGAUGGUAGCUUCUUGUUCCGGUUUGGGGACCCAAGUGAGGUUGUGAAAAAUGUGGAAAUGGAAGAAGCCAAGAUUGUAAAGGAGGAGAUAGAAGGGGAAGAAGAAUCAAAUGGAUCUAGUAUGGUGGAGGUUCUGGAAGGUCAAGAUGAAAGCAAGGCGACUGCCUCUGGCUUGAUUGAGGACAGUGAUCACGCUGAUUCAAUAGUUAGUAGUAGCAAUACCCUCAUUACUGUUGAAGGAGAGAGUGAAUUUUCUGAGAAGUACAAGGAUGAAGAGUUCAAGGAUUUAAGUCCGGAUUUAGACGUAGAACGGAUUGGUAUAGAUGAAGAGUACAAGGAUUUAAGUCCAGUGGAAGCUUCUAUACCUGAUGAGAGCUUAGUUGAGGUGUUUGAUGAGGAAUCAUUAGAGGAAACUUCUAAGGUUACUUGUAUGAGUAAAGAAACGGAAAUUACUUCUUUUCAUGGUGUGGAGGAAUGUCUGAACCAAGAGGUUGUGGAUUCCCCAGCAGAUGCAUCCAUACUUGAUCAGACUUUAGAGGUGUUGGAUAAUGUUACUACAGUAGGCUUACUGGAGAAGGAAAGUGAUAACAUCAGCUCUGCUAAUGUUGAUGCCCACGAGACUGGAAAGGUGGAGGAAGGUCUAGAUGGAGAUUAUGAUGAUUCUCCUUUGGAUGCCUCUGCACUUGAUAGAAGCUCCGAAGUUGGGGAUAAAAUUUCUGCAGUGGUAUUGUUGGAAAAGGAAACCGAUGGCAGUAAUGCGACUUCUGAUAUUGAAAUAGAGCUAACUGAAAAUGUGGAGGAGGGUAUGCAUGAAGUGUAUGAGGAUUCUCCAGUUGACAUUACCUCUGUUGUUGAUAACACUAUAGCAGCGUUAUCAGAACAGCAAAGUGCUGACGUUGCAUCUGCUCUUGUUAUUGACACAGAAUGCGCUUCCAAUGUGGAACAAGGUCUUGAUAAGGUUCUUGACAAACCAAGAUCAGUGGAGAAGAGGCCUGAGGUGGAGAAUCGUAUUACUGCACAAGAACUUUCAGAAAUGGAAACUACUGAUGUUACCUCUUCGCCUGAUAGUGACAUAGUAGAUACUGGCAAUGUAGAACACGGUCUAGAUGAGGUUCUUGAGGAACCAAGCUUAGUGGAGAAGAGGCAUGAGGUGGAGAAUUGUAUUACUGCACAAGAACUUUCGGAAAAUGAACCUGCUGAAAUUACCUCUUCCCCUGAUAUUGACGUAGAAUACACUGAGAAUGUGGAAAGAGGUCUAGAUGAGGUUCUUGAGGAACCAAGUUUAGUGAUGCCUGAGGUGUUGAAUUGUGUUACAGUUCAAGAUCUUUCGGAGAAGGAAACUGCUGAAGCAACCACGUUGGUUUCUUUGAAGAACAACCCAGUGGUCUCUAUGCUUGACACUGAUGCUGUUCAGGGUGGACUGGAAACUGCUGUUACACCAAAUACGGUUCAUAUUUCUGAAUUUCAGGACUCGGAAACCGCGUUCCAUGAGGAAACCGUUGGUGAUGAUGGUAGAGAAGGUUUUGAUAAUAAUUUGGUGUCUCCAUCCUCUCAACCUGAAUCAGCUAUGAGUUUGUACAAAGAGACUGAGGCACUGAAUUUACAAGUAGAGGUGCAAGAUUUAGGUACUGAAGAGAGUAGUGAAACCGACGUGAAUAACAUCAAGGCCAUUGAGAUGCAAAAUGUACUAAGCAAUGGCAACGAAUCCCUUACAAUGGAACCAGCUAUCACUUUGUCCACAGGCUCCGAGGAGCAGGCUUCUGGAUCUGGAAGUGGGAUGCCGAACAAGACUGUUGGAUGUGUAAGUGAAACAGAUAUCGUCCAGUUAUUGACAGUGUCUCCUCAGUUGGAAGCUGACUCAAUGCUUGAAGAGGAAACUGGUACUGAAACUGUGGAAGAACUGAAGGAAGAUGAUGAAUCUAAGAACCAAACAGUGGGUGGUGACCUUGCAGAAGCAUCAGAAGACGAAGUGACAGAUCCUGAAUCUACUGAAUCUACUAUAACAAGCCAGGAAGUAUUAAUGACAGACUUCGUUCUAUCUUCAGGAGCUGCUCUAUUGCCACAUCCUUCUAAGGUCUUGACAGGUGGAGAGGAUGCGUAUUUUAUUGCUGAUGAGACAUGGCUUGGUGUAGCCGAUGGUGUUAGUAUGUGGUCGUUGGAAGGGACCGUUCCUGGACUCUAUGCUCACGAGCUCAUAAAAAAUUGUGAAAAACUCAUCUCUGAGUGCAGCGGCGAUUCAAUAGACCACCCCAUCCAAUUGCUUAAUCUCAGUGUUGCUCAAACACACUCUCCUGGCUCCUCCACAGUUUCGAUUGCUCGAUUUGAUGGUCAGGCUCUUCACGUGGCUAAUGUUGGGGACUCGGGAUUCAUCAUUCUACGCCAUGGUGCUAUUUACAAGAGGUCUUCCCCUAUGCACCAUGUGUUUUCAUUUCCAGUCCAAAUUGAAAGAGGCGACGACCCCUCUUCUCUUGCACAGUUGUACAGAGUUGAUCUAGAGGAGGAGGAUAUAAUUGUUAUUGCUACUGACGGGCUCCUCGACAACUUGUACGAUCAAGAAAUAUCAUUGAUAGCCACGAAGUUGCUUGCAAACGAUAAAACUCCAAAGGAAAUAGCGGAGGUGCUGGCGAAGAAGGCACAAGAGGUAGGUAGCUAUGCAUCUGCAAGAAGUCCAUUUGCCGAUGAUGCUCAGGCAGCCGGAUUUCCGGGAUACUCCGGUGGAAAGCUAGAUGAUGUGGCUGUUAUUGUAUCCGUCGUCCAAAGGCGAUAGCGGUCACAGCUCUUCCCUAUGCUUUGUCAAUAUGGUUGUCCCUCCGCCGUCGCCUUGGACCGGCGCCGCCCCGUCCUUCACCCACGACGCCGCCUCAGUGCCGCCCUGCCCCGAGUCUGCAUCGCCGCCUCGCUCUGGCUCCGAUCUAAAAUCAAUUUCCAUACAGCCAGAAGAGCCACGAAUUUGAAUCAUCGCAUUGCAAUUGAAUCAUUUUAUGAUGAAUUUUAUAUGCAAGGCUAAUUUAUGGUGGAUU